AUGGUCAUUAAUCCUGAUUGUGCGAUUAUAAUGGCUAAAUCAUCCUUGGUUGAACAGGGUUUCAGGAAGGUUGACCCAGAUCGCUGUGAAUUUGCUAAUGAGGGGUUCUUGAGAGGGCAAAAACAUCUCUUGAAGAGUACAUCUAGGAAAAAGCCUCUUCAGAUACACAGUAAUCAACCACCUCUAGUUCAGAGCUCUAAAGUUCCAGCAGUCAUUGAAGUUGGGAAAUUUGGACUAGAGGAAGAGGUUGAAAGACUCAAGCGGGACAAGAAUGUUCUUAUGCAGGAACUCGUUAGAUUGAGGCAGCAGCAGCAAGCUACAGACAACCAGUUGCAGACUGUGGGGCAACGCGUGCAGGUAAUGGAGCAGAGACAGCAACAAAUGAUGUCAUUUCUUGCAAAGGCCAUGCAAAGUCCAGGGUUCUUGAAUCAGCUUGUGCAUCAGAACAAUGAAAGCAAGAGGCCCAUUACUGGAGGCACUAAAAAGAGGAGACUUCCUGGACAAGUAGAAGAAAAUUUGGCAAGCAAGGUUGGCAAUAGUCCUCCAAAUGGACCGAUUGUGAAAUUCCACUCUUCAAUGAAUGAAGCAGCAAAAGCAAUGGUGCACCAGAUCCUGAAGAUGAAUUCAUCGUCUAGGCUGGAACCAUCAAUAAACAACUCUGGUCCUUUCCUGAUUGGCAACCUUCCUUCUUCCAAUGCAUUAGACAGCAGCAACACUUCAAGUCGAAUCUCAGAAUUGAUGCUUCCGGAGGUUCCACCAGCUUCUGGGCCAUCAAGUUUUCCUAUUGAUUCAGGGUUUUCUGUCAGUCAUACAUCUGAUGCCAUAUCUGAGGUCGAAUCCUCAUCAUGUGCUGUAAGUGACCUAAAUAUGGACCAUCUUUCUGAGAUGAGAGUGAAUAACUCGGUGCAAGAUACGGUUCUGCCUAAUUUCAAUCGGAGAGAAGCAAUUGUUCCAGAAAGCGCCAUUGGAAUUCCUAAUACAAAUUUUGUGGGUUCUGAGAUUGAGAGUAAAGAGAAAAUCAGUCCACUGUCAUCUGUUUUGGACAUGGAAAUGCCUGUAGAAGUGCCAACUGACGCCAUUUUUCCCAAUCAAGAUACAGAGAUUUUGGUGGAUGGGAUCCCUAAGCUUCCUGGCAUUAAUGAUGUGUUCUGGGAACAGUUCCUUACAGCGAGCCCAGUCACAGGAGACACAGAUGAAAGUAAUUCAAACUCACCACAGAGCCGCAUGAACUGGGAACAAGAAUUACAACCAUGGGAAGAGGAUGGAUGGGACAAUAUUCUAAACAUGAAUCAUCUUCCAGAACAAAUGGAGCUUCUUGCAUCAGCAGGCACAAGGGGGUGAAUUUUCACCAAUUGUAUAUACUUCUCUUGCUAUCAAAGAGUUGCCGUUUUGCGCUGCCGAGCAGACAUAAAAGCUUUUUGCUUAGAGAGAAGAUGGCAAGGCUUUUUUUUUUUUUUUUUUUCCCAUUUUAAAGUUCAACCACUCUACUUUUUACCUUUAUCAAGUGUAACAUGGUAUUGUAGUCUGUGAUUGGAUAUGUGUGAAGGUCCUAAAUGAAUGAUAUUAUGCAAUAUUUUGUCACAAAUGUGGAAUGAGAAUGAGAAUUCCUUUCAAUACUAAACACGAGCGUUGCCUGCUCGUAUUGUUGGAAA